AUGGACGGGUUCUCGAGCUUCUUCGGCCAGCCAUACUCCGGGACGGAUCCACAGGAGACAAUGGACGGCUACACGCAGGAUGACAGUAUGGGUGGCAUGGAUCCCAGUGAUAUGGACGCCUCAGCUUUGGGCCAGGCGCAAACCCUGCAGCAGAUCAUCAUUCAAAAUCAUGAUGAAUUGAUGCGUCGAAGAAACACAUAUCAGUCCCAGUAUCGACAAGGCUCGCACGAUCAUACCCGCAGAGCGUCGAUGCUCGAGUUUUCAUCUGCCAUAGACAGUGACUUGGCCAAUUUUCAAUUCGAUCCGAACCCCAACGAACCCAGCAUGUCCAUGGGCCCGCCCAAUGUCAUGUCGAUGCCGAAAUCCCUUGAUCCACGAAGAGUCCGUUCUAGGGAGGAUCUGUCCCUAAAUACCCGUUUCUCCCAAAUGAAUACCAAUUUUGAUCAGAUGCCGGCUGUCAACAGCUUCUCUCCUGUGAUGGUUCCGAGCACCUCUGUUCCUCUUGAAGCAUCUGCCGCCUACAUUGCGCCGGGUAUGGACAUGGCGAUGGAUUUUGACAGUCUAGCUGGAGGCACAAGUGCUCCAGGCAUGCAAUCAGGCCCAAUGCAAGAGACCCUCUUCACAGCCUCGCCAAUUGAACAAGGUUUUUCAAUCCCUUAUCAACCCGUCAGCCAUGAUCCAGGCGGUGGCUCAAUGAGUCCAGCCGUUCCGAACCCAAUGGCAGCAAUGGCUCAAGGCAUGACCUCCAUGCACGAACCUUUCCCAGGCCCAUCUCAUCACCUCCGACGGCAAACCUCCAUUGCACCCAUGUUGGGGUUUCCCGCGAAAGAUGCUAAUCAAACUCUGAGGGCUAUGAACCCUCCGUCUCUGCCACAUAUGCCGCCAGUACCAGGUGGCCCGUUACAACAUCCCAAAUAUCCCAAUGCCUAUUCCUCUAGCGGGUUUGACAUGCUAGGAGUUCUUAUGCGCGUUGCGACUAGAGCACGACCCGAAAUCAAUAUUGGUCCCGUUGAUUUAUCCUGUGCCUUUGUCGUUUGUGAUAUUGAGAAAUACGAUCUGCCAAUAGUUUAUUGUUCAGAAAUGUUUGAACGACUGACAGGCUAUACGAAACACGAAGUCCUCGGUCGAAAUUGUCGCUUCCUCCAGUCACCAGAUGGAAGAGUGCAGUCGGGACUCAAGCGAAAAUAUGUAGACAACAACUCGGUCCUCUAUCUCAAGAACCAAAUUGCCAAAAGGGCAGAAGCGCAACUGAGUCUGAUCAAUUAUCGGAAAGGCGGGCAGCCGUUCAUGAACCUCUUGACCAUGAUUCCGAUUCAAUUUGAUUCUGAAGAUUAUAAGUUUUACGUGGGUUUCCAGGUCGAUCUUGUCGAGCAACCAAAUUCGGUGUCCGGAAAGAACCCAGAUGGUACUUAUGAGAUCAACUACAACCGAAGCUCGCUGCCAGCCUAUCAUCUACCUGCUCCUCCUGAUCCAAGUCAAACGCUGCAAGACAUAGGCCAGACAAUCUCCCCGGACGAGGUGUCCAAGCUCUUGUCCACUCUUGGGCGUGGUGACUUGGAAGUGUCAAAACGCGUCCGGGACAAGGUGCUACUGGAAUACAACGACGAUGUUUUGCAUGUCCUCUCACUAAAGGGACUGUUCCUCUACAUAUCUCCCGCAAGUCGAAGAGUCCUAGAGUACGAUCCCGCUGAGCUUGUUGGCGUAAAUUUAUCCUCGAUAUGUCAUCCGAGCGACAUAAUCGCAGUCACCAGAGAGUUGAAAGACACGCCGCCUGGAGAGCCGAUGAGCGUGAUUUACCGGGUCCGCAGGAAGUUCAGCGGGUACACCUGGUUUGAGGCGCACGGCACCCUCUACGUUGAGCAGGGAAAGGGCAGGAAGUUCAUGAUUCUUUCGGGACGAGAGCGACCAGUCUAUGCCUUGGAUCGGGCUGACCUCUUGACGGAUGGCAACCUCGGCGAGAGCGAGCUGUGGUCCAAGAUGUCAACGGCGGGAAUGUUCUUGCAUGUGUCCUCCUCUUCUCGAGUCAUGCUGGACCGACUCCCUGAAGACCUUGUCGGGACCAGUUUGCAGGCGUUGAUGAGACCAGACUCGAAAAAGGAACUCCUACGUUUGCUUGAACUCGCAAGAACAGGCGAGAAAGUGACCUUCAGACAUGAUCUCCAGAAUCGACGAGGCCAGGUUCUGCACGCGCAAACGACAAUCUAUCCCGGUGACGCUCGGUUAGGCACCAAACCCACCUUUUUGCUUGCGCAGACCCGCCUGCUGAAGAUGACGCGUGCUGCACUCCUGAACCAGAGGUCAGUGUCAGCAACAUCGUCGAGAACAGACCGGGCAUCGGCAGGGUCUGCAACUCCAGCGUCACGUCCGUCAAUCCGAUCGUCUAGCAAUACCCUAGAUGGAUCUAGCAGGAAUUCUGUCGAACACCCCGGCUCUCUACAAUCAACAGGCACUCUCCCCUUGAGUCUGGGCAACCAAGACGAGGCGCUGGCCUCGGAAGACAACAUCUUUGACGAACUGAAAACAACCCGAAGCUCCAGUUGGCAGUACGAACUUAGGAAGAUUCGGAAUGAAAAUCGGACAUUGGCUGAAGCCCUACAAACACUGCUAAGUCGCAAAAAGAAGCGCAAGAGGAGAAAGGGGCUCGGCCAGGUUGAAAAGGAUUGUGCCAACUGUCACACGCGAGUUACACCGGAAUGGAGACGGGGUCCAAGCGGCAACCGUGAUCUGUGCAACAGCUGUGGUCUCCGGUGGGCCAAACAGAAUGGACGAGUAUCACCUCGCAAACCUUCGGGUCAAAGUGACAAAAGCUCCAAAUCUCCUGCCCAGAUUAGGCCGACCACCAAGCCCGAGGCUCAGAAUGGUGGAGGCUCUGAGACAAUCAAUGGUGGCCAUACCCAAUCGAUCGGGACCUCAUCCGGGACGCCCAAGCGGGAAGAGAAUGCAGAUGAAUGGAAAGGACAGAUGCCCCCGAAAAUUGAAGAAGGCGAUGAACCUCCACAUCCAAGUAUUCUGCCGACAUGA